AGGCAUGCCACCUUGGUCGGGCGUGGAGGAGGCAGAGGUGGUGAGACGGGUGGGCGGGGGAGAGACCCUGCCCCCCGUAAGCGGUGCCCCCCCUUCCCUCGUCACUUACCUUACUCAGUAUGGACUCAAGUGGAACUCGCACGAGAGGGAGCUCGACCUUCAGGAAAUCCACACCAUGCUGAGGUCCCUGAGGAUUCAGUCGAAUGAAGAGGACAGAGUGCCACUUAUUCCAGCCUGGGGUCCUCCUUCCAUCCCAAACACGCCUGUCAUUGGCAGGCAUUCAUCUCAAAAUUCCGCACAAAAUUCUCCCAGUUCGGACUCGGGCCAGAGUGUCCAGAGCGGCACAGAUGAGCCAAGCCAUAACAAGAGUAGCUCAGGGUCUGCUGCUGGUCAGGAGGGGAUGUCUCCCGACCACUUAGCUAGGAACACAGGGAAGUACCCCUUGAGAAAGGAAUCCAGCUCUGCCACGCGUAUGUUAGUCACAGGCGAAGUGCACCAUGAGAAGCCCUCUUACCUGAAACGCACGUGUCAAGAACCUACAGUAUUAAGGAAAACGUCCGAGGGGCUUCAGAAAUCUGUUAAUGUACCAAGAGAAGAUAAGGUUGAUGGGGCUGGGUCGAAAGCCAUGCAGAGUUUGACAGAUAAGGCGAGAGGGAAGACCAUGAGUAUAGACAGUGGAUUCUCGACGCCUUGUACAAGAACGCCCAGUCCUGUUAUUGACACCAUGACAAGUGCCAAAAUAAACCCAUCAUUCUUGACAUCCACCCCGUCCAGGCCCCCAACCACUUCAGUUUUACGUGCAGAUCUCCAGCCUGAUCUUCUGCCAAAUAAAGUAAACAUCAAGGCUUUGACAAACGGCCAGACUCCAGACAUCCUUUCACGGGGUCAUCUGGACUGCAGCAAAGGAGGAUGCAGGAACAGGGAUGAGUACGGAGGAGACAGACACGCCGCGUCCUUUCACCCUGCCAUGUCUCCCAUCACUCCCGUGACGGACUCCGACCACGACCACUCCCGGACGAGUUCUCCGUCGGACGAGGACCAAGCCUCGGGUUACAGUUACAUCUCAAAUGCAGCCAAGAGAGCCUUCCUGAUGGAGAACGACACCGGGGAGGACGGGGCCUUUUUGGCUCCUGAGCGCCCUGCCAGUGCUUCCAAACUAGAGCACAAUCAGCUGCAAACUCAGGCAUCCCAUGCGCUUAGAAGGAAGGAGGUCGUCCGGCGUGGGCUGAGCAUGACCAACAUCAACUCCGCGCCCCUCUCCACCAACACCAGCGUUACAAGAACCACUUCACAUAUUUCUCUCUCCAGUGCAUCAUCCAGUGGCAGUAGUGAUAUCUGCGGACGUAGGCCAGUCAGAACUGUUAGUCAGAUCACUCUUACGCUUAGAAAGUUGUCACAGGUCUCAGACUCCUCCUCCAGUAAGGAUGACAUGAAUGAUCCUCACCUUGAGCAGCAGACGCGAGCUCGGAGAUCCCGCUCUGUACCCAAGAGUCCAGCCCACUCUGCAAGGAGCAGCAAAAGAGAGGGAAGCCGAGGAUGGGACGAGAUCACUGGUAUCAAACCAGCCAGCCACCAGCUAACACGUCAUUCGUCAUCAUGUUCGUUGGCUAGUGGUCCCUCAAGUCCCACACAUCAGAUCAACAGUUCCUCGCACUCACUGCAACCUCCCUCAUCGAGUGCAGGCAACAGGCCCUCCUCGAAUCACAGCUCGCUCCCUCGAUCUUCAACAAAUCCCAGUGCUAAGCAACCAGCCAUUGGACGGAGAUGGAGCAGCAUUAGUGGGACUUCAGCAGGGCUAGGAGAAACAGCGGUCAAGAUUCAACCACGACGCCAUUCCGAGGGCCAGAGAUCGCGUCCUCGUAAGAGUAGGCGGCGUCCUGAAGUUGAGGUUGAGGAGGAGUUCUUUGAUGACGAGUUCAAUGCACUGUUAUUCCAGCAGCCACACAUGCAGCUUUCAGUAGGAUCGUCAGAGAACCUACUGGAUAGCCGAGCACCACAUUCCAUGCUUGCGGACGGGUCAGCAUCUCCAGUCAGUCUCGGCUUGAGUAGCUUCUCUCCAAGUCUUACUAGUAGCGAAGACGAGGAAGAAGGGGCGAACCAGAAGGAAAAUGCUCUCGGAGUGAGCGGCAGGUUACGGAGGAGGUUGGGUGCUGUGGUGGAGGACGGGAAUUCGGACGAGGAGGAGGAGGGCGUGGGGCGACUUGGCAGUUGCCGGAGCGACGUCGACGGCGGGAAGGCCAGUGAGGGUCAAGAAGGUGCCAGCGAUACCGACGAUGCCCUGAACGGCCCCUGGAGAGCCAAGGACUUCGGCAAGGAUUAUGAGCCCCUGAAGAGCGUCGAACUCCUGAGGAACCUCGAGAAGAAUCUUAGUACAUACCUACCCACGUAUUCCAUUGGGAGCGACACGGAGACUGGGGAACCGUGAGGUCUCUGCAGGCUAUUGAGCCUCGUCUGAAUCCCAGUUGAAAAAAGUGGUGCAUUUACUUCCGCAUUUGGCUAGAAUGCAUACAUAUCAUGUCGAAGGACAGGUUGUGUUAUAGUAAUGCCAUCAUCUGGUAUUUUAUCUGGUUCUUGCAUAAUGUAUAUAUCACAUCAUGAGGUCACACUCCAUUUUAUGUCCAUAUCUCUCAUGUUAAAUCUGCAUCAUCUUUAACUCUUAGGAUUGCUUUAAAAGGAGAACGAAUGAAGCGAAGCAUCUGCAGAGUAAAUAACUAAUUGCUUUGUUAGAGGCAAAGCUUUAGGGCAUAAGACGUAAGUCACUGUGAAGAGCUUUAUGCAGUUAAUGUGAUGAUACAUUAUACUUUUGUCUCUUUACUGCUUUGCUUCCCUACAUCCGCUGGAAGGACGUGUUGAAUCUAUACAGGGGAAAAAAUCUCUUCGUUUGUAGCACCGGGGAAGGUUAGGUCUUUUUUUUCCUUCAGAAUCCAGUCAUGUAUUUUGAGUUAUUUUGUCAUGUUUUUUUAUUUAAUAUUUUUCUUUCCAUCUCGGUUUUAUCAUUUUCAUUGUUUUUUACGUAUAGAUGCUCUUUCAUUGUACUUGGCAGAUGUGCUGUGUGCAGUAGAUAGUCUUCUCUACCAAAGAUAAAAGUAGGGUUUUUGGGAUUAUAAGGUGUGAAUUCUACGACCUUAUUAAUACGUGCUUUUUCGUUUCGCCAGUGAACAGAAGCCAACACGAACGCCAUUGCAAUUUGGGUGAAGUUUUUUGUUACCUGUUGUUACCAUGUUCGUGAUGGAAUUGUUUUUUGUAAUUUAAUCGAUUUAAAAACAAAUGUUUUUGGUGUAGUAUAAUUUUUUUUUUUUCUUGAUAAUUAUUGUAGAAUUUCUAUGAUCUUAUCUUUCCAAAUGCUGCCCGACAAAAUGCUGAUUACUGGGAACUUUAAUAAAAUGAUCAGGAUGAA